ACUAAACUCACGUCGAGAGAGUGAGUGGGAUUUGCCCGGGCCUUCCAUUUAUAACUGUAUCAGCUAUUUAUGGGUGUCUCAACUGGUUUGCCAGUAUAGAAACCAUUCAUCAAAGCCUCCGGGUUUGUACAAUGUGUCUGUGUGUGAUGCAACUGUCACCUGGAGGUCACUGACACUCUCUAAUCGAGUCGGAAUUAGUCGGCACAGACUUUCUUUUAAAUCUAUCUGUAAAGUUUGUAAAUCUGUAAAGAGAAUACAAAGUGAAUCUGGCAACAAGUACCUCGCAGUCUGUGGAGGUUUGAAUUCCUCGCAGAAUUCCUCUUCGAAUAACCUAUAAAUAUGAAUUCUCAUCUCUUCUAGUCUGUCUCCGCAAUACUAUGCGCCUCUUUCCUCUCACCAGGGAGAAAGGCGGAGACAGGAAGGAAAAGAGAGAGAGGAAAACGUCGAAAAUGGGGAGUGGUUAGUGACCAGACAAUAGGAAGAUGGUGCAAAUAAACAAGAUGAAACAGACCAGUGAUUGGCAUGACCGUCCACGCGACGUACAGGUGAUGGAGAUAUGGUCUGGGUGGAAGGAAGAUAAAAAGACCCCCCAACUCAACCUUAUCGCCCUCGACAGAUAACGUCGAUAAUCAUACUGCUAUCGAAUCCGAAGUCACAGCGAGAGACGGUGGCCAUUCCAUUACCGCUCGGACGGGUCUCACGCAGAAGGUGCUCCUGAAACGACACGGUCAAAGUGAUAUUAAUAGCGAAAAAUAGGUAACUAUGUGGGCAUCAGUGCUAUAUUUGAUCACCACGGUGCUCCUCGCGUAUGGACUGAGGCAUGUGCUGCUGCGCGAGGCGAGGAAGCUGCACGGCGUGUACAGCGAACCAGACGUAUGGUUCGUGUACUGGGUGCGCUGGCUGUUUAAGAUCGUAGAGGUGUGGGCGCUCCAAGUUUCUCGUCGGCGGAGAGUGAAUAACUAUGACAUCACGGGCUCCUCCUACGAGCUGUGCGGGAUCGAAGCCACGCCCUCGGAGAAGGAGCUCGAGCAGCCUAAGCCCCUUAUCACCGACAGGCAUGAGGACAGCAUGCUGUUCUGGGGCGCGGACGAGGCGGGGCGCGGCGUGGUGGCCCGGGUGGUGAGGCAGACCCAGCGACGCGCAUCCGUCCUCCUCUCCGUCGUGGACCAGACUGGCGACGUCUACACAUUGCCUAACCAGCCCGACUCGAACUUCGUCAACGUCACGGGCGGCGGGUGGAGGGGAGGCGGCCUAAGCUUGCAGUGCGUAGACCCCAUGCGCUGUUGGAGACUUAAAUUCAAUGGCUUGUUGAGGCGUGGACCACGAGAGGAGUACAUCACGGACGCCAAGGACGACACGGACGAUACCGAAGUGAUCCACGCCCGCCUCGACCUCCUCUGGCGUGCCGUGCGUCAUCCCGUCGACGUCUUCAACGACGCCAGCCCACUCCUGCUCGCCCACGCCCUCGCCAGGGAACCCGCCGCCUCCGUCAAGCUCUUUACAUCCCUGGAACGCGAUGGCUACGACCAGUGGGGAGCCCUUCACGGAUUGGUCGCCCUGAAGGACAACCCCGAGGAAUGGUACCUCAGGGGAUGUCGCCAGCACAGGUGGGGCAUAAGCGAGACUGUGGCCAACUUCUACCGGUCUGUAGACAUCUUCAGCUACUUGGACAACGGGGAGAUGUGUUCCCUCCAGGCUAUCUCCUACACGUCUGGGCUCUCACACUACGUGGUCGGUUAUGUACAGGAAGCUUCGGGGAGGUAUCGGCCUGUAACCUCUACCACGCUCAGCCUUCCUCAGUUGGCCGAAAAAGCCCCCAUCCCUAAGAACAUUCUGACGAAAUUUACAACCAGUUCCGGAAACUACGACUUGUGGCACAAACUCGGCCCUAAAAUCACCCAUUACACGGGAGAUCCUUGGUCGCUUUGUCACGUUCUGAACUUCAAUUCUGUAGCUAUUAAUCACUCUUUCGGCUAUGGCAUCACCCUUUUUUCUAACAGGUUUAAAGGCCUUUGUCCAGUGCCAGAAAGGGAAUGCUUGCCUGCGCUGGUUGAGCCCCGGGUGGAGAUCGACGAAGCAACGUCCCUUGUGUUGCCUCUCAUAGAUCAGCGGACACGUGCUACAUGUCUGACGGGAGGCAAGGCGUCCUCCCUAGCCUUCCUCAUGUCCCUCAAAGACAUUACUGAUGACGAAUAUGAGGUUCCCGAUGGUGUGGUGGUGACGGUGGCAGCUUGGAGGCAGCAGUUAAAGGCCUACCCGGAACUGCAGACAGCGGUGAGGGGCGUCGAGAAGGCCGUCGGAUGCUCGCAGCAGGCGCAGUUGAAGGAUGCUUGCGCCAGAGCUGUGGAGAUCUUCAAAUCUACGCCCGUCUGUCCAAAGGUGGAGGAGGCACUCAGGCAAACUCUCGAGGAAACAUUCGAACAAAACUGCCAGUCUCGCAGAUUCGCCGUGAGGUCGUCCGGAUGCAGCGAGGACGGUGAGGAGACUUCAGCCGCGGGCCAGAACGAGACCCAGUUGGGCGUCGUGGGCGUGGAGAACCUACUGCGUGCCCUAGCUGCGUGUUGGGCGUCCCUCUUCACCUUUCAGAGCGUCGAGUACCGCAGGCAGCAUGGACAGGCAGUGGAUGGCGGAAUGGGCGUUGUAGUACAAGAGAUGGUGGACGCAGACGCAGCAGGAGUUCUGUUCAGCCUCGACCCAGUCACCGGAAGCCCUGCCAGCAUUACCAUUACCGCUAACUAUGGGCUUGGCGAGAGCGUGGUGUCCGCAGCCGCAGAGCCCGACACGGUGACAGUGACAAGGUCAUGGCGAGACCAGUUGGCAAUGGCAUCCCGGACCGUCGGUGCCAAGAAGGUCAAGUGCGUCAUGAAAGAGGGCGGCGGUACCCUGGAGGAGGAAGUUCCGUCAGGAGAGCGGGAGCGCGUGUGCCUCUCGGACGCCCAGGCCCUGAAGCUGGCUCGCCUUGCGGUCUUCCUCGAGCGUGCCUUCGGGAGCCCCAGGGACGUAGAGUUCGCAGUGACCAAGGACGCUCUGUACCUCCUCCAAGCCCGGCCAAUCACGACGCUUGAAUCCUGGACUGACUUCGAAAUCCUUCAUGAGCAGGACUCGGCGCUCCUCACUGAUCACGAGCUCCUCACUAAGGCCAACGUUGGCGAAGUUCUCCAAGGAAGGAUUUCCCCCUUAACCCUGUCGAUCCUACCAUCCAUCCUCGACACGGUUUUCCAGAGAGAGAGCAUUCGAUCCAUCUGGCCGGCCAUUCCCUACGACCCACACCACGUGAAGCUCUGCCCGACGUUUGCUUCCCAGUUCUUCCUCAACAUGAUCGAGAUGCAAUACCAGCACAACCAAAGCAAUGAAGUAAACGCCACGAACCAGGCUAUUGACCUCGGUGUGCACGGGUACGAGGUCACGACGCCACAGUUCCUGGCCUGGGGUAUCGAGCGCUACGGAAUUAUGAAUAGGGCGACAUUUCUGCAAGUCAUGUUCAGCUUAAUUUACGACAAGUUCUCCAACGGCGGCCGAGUCAGAAAAUGCCGCCGGAUGUUCGGAGAUUACAACUUAGAUCAGGGAAGGAGGACCUUGUCUCCCGAGGCGCUUUAUACUGAAAUCACUCAUCAUCUCCCAGAUUUAGUUGAGGGCUGCCACAACCACGUCCUGACGAGCAAAUUCAGUUCCAGCAGCCAGUGCAUCGCCCUCCAGAUGCUAGCGGAGGACAACAAUGAGCUGAGCGAGGAUAACAGGUCCGACAUCGCCGUUCUCCUCUCCUCGUGCACCGGCAUCGAAUCAGCGGACGUCCCGACGGCGCUGAAGGCCUUAGCUCGCGUGAUCGCCGAGAACGAGGAGGUGGACGAAUUCCUCGGAAUGGCAGGGGACGAGGCUCAGGUGUGGCUGGAGAGCGACCCGGGCCUCGUCGGCACCGCCUUCAGGGCCUUCCUCGCCAAGCACGGACAUCGCUGCGUCAAGGAGCUCGACCUUCACUCUGUCUCCUGGGGAAUGGACCCUCACACGCUCGUCCAGACUCUGCAGGUGAUGGUGCGAAAUCCCAGUAGCUACACGAGUGUGAAGAAAGUGACUUCCAUUGACCAAGCUCUUGACAGCAUCCGAAGUCAGGUGAAGCCCAAGACCAGACGCUCGCUGAAGUUCGUGCUUCCCAUGUGCCGCGAGGCCGUCGUGAACCGCGAGGCCACGAAAUCUCUGAUAGUGAAGAUCCUCGACGGACUCCGGAAAGCGUACAGAAACCUAGGUCAGCUCAUGGUAUCGGAAGCUCGACUGCCUGAAGCCGACCUUAUCUUUUAUCUGAAGCACAGCGAGAUUGGCGAACUCAUUAGGACUCGAUCGCCAAGCUUUAUUGCUAAGGCAGUGAGAAGGAAACGACUGGACGCGCAGAUCGAAGCCUUGAAGUUCCCUGAAGUCUCCGUAGGAUUGCCUCGGCCGAGCUCAGCGAGUCAGGUCCUCAGCGUACCUUCUGACGGCAGCGAGCUCGUCCUGCAGGGAACCCCAGUGUGCCAGGGCAUGGUCACCGCCCCCGCCAGGAUUGUUACGGACCUUAAGGACGCAGUGCAUAUACAGAACGGCGACGUACUUGUGACGCACAGCACGGACGUCGGCUGGACCCCCUUCUUCCCCCUGCUGUCCGGCGUCGUCACGGAGAUCGGCGGUUUGGUCUCCCACGGCGCUGUGGUUGCGCGCGAGUACGGGCUUCCCUGCGCCGUUGGGGUAACGUCAGCCACCUCCAUUCUGCGUUCGGGUGACACCAUCAUUCUCAACGCCACGAAGGGAACUGUUACCAGAGUGGAAGUUAAGGCAGCGUCAGGGGAUUAACCUCCGGAGACACUACGGCUCGAUAGCAUUUAUUUUAUCGUCGUAUGUGAAUGAUUUUCUCUGUACGGGAGUGUGUAUGCGAGCUUUUAAGUUAUCUGUGUUUGUCUCUGUGUGUGUAAGUGUGUGUGUGUGUGUGUGUGUGUGUGUGUUUGUGUACGACGAUUAAAGGUAUUUUGAUAAACUUUUUCAAUAUAUCUUAAGCAGAAUUUAAAGUUUCACAGUUUUAUGUUCUUGUCCCAUGUAUAUUUUGCUGAAGUUGUAUGUGUAAAUCUUGUAGGAAUACACUUUGUUAUUUACCCAUGAA